AUGUAUUCGUGCUCUCUUUUGCGGCUGUGCAGCGCAUCACUGACCAACUCAGUCGCUACCCACAGCCCUGGCAGUCGGUACACACACAAGCCCAUAGAGGCAGCGCGGCAGCAGUUGAAGCAUCGCCAACGAGAGCGCACCCUUCAGCGGCGUCGCAACAUUGCAAACAAGGAGGCCGAGGUUCAGCGUUCUGUGAAGGAGGUCACGAGUAGCCGCGACUUGAUUCUAGUGCAGUUAGCCGAUCAGAUCUUCUCCAAAGGCCACCGUCAUGUGGCGAGCGCCACGAACGUCGGCUUUGUCCCUGACGGCAACCCUGCCACACCGCUAGUCGCUCUCGCUGGUCGAGAACGGUGUGGCAAGACGUCAUUGCUGCGUGCACUCUUCCGCUCGCCGCGCGAGGUGGGUCGUUCCAAUCGACACCUACGCCGAGACGCCAUGAACUUCUUCAAUGUGGGCGGCGUUUUCAACGUUGUGGAUCUGCCGGGGUUCGGCGGGACAUCAGUGCCAUGGACAGCAGUGCUGCAGCACGCUGUCCUCUUGCGUAACUUCUCUCGGUGUCAGCCCAGUCUGAAGAUGCUCUACUACUGCAUGGACGUUCACUACAAGCACGGACUCUACAUUCAGGAUAUCGAUCUCCUGCGGUUCCUCGCACGCGAGGUGCCUAACUUUACGAUUGUCCUCACCAAGGCGGACCAGAUCAAUGACCGAGCGAUUCGGACGGCGCACAUGGACGAAAUACGCAAGGAGCUUCUCUACCACGACAUCCACCACCCGGUGCUGGUAACCAGUGCCUUCCACAUGGGCGGCAUCGACACGCUGCGGUAUGAUAUGGUGAUGAACUCUGUGCAUGCACUGCGGACGGAGCGACUCACGUUGACGGAGGCGCAGCGGCUGUCCGCUCGAUUGUUUUCCCAAAGAGAGCUGAGCACGAUUCGCCCACUUGCCAUCGCUCCAUCGCAGGUCGACGACGAAACGCGAGACUGGAAUGCAGAGCUUCAGCUAACAGAGCGCGGCGAGGAGGGCGUGGUGGAUAUGAGUAGUGUUGAUGCCGCAAUGGAUGCAGCUAAGGAUGCCGGCUCAGUGGUAGACGCGACAGAGGAGGAGCUUCGAUAUAGCGAAACAGAGUUCGCGGGCUUUGCAGCGACGGAGGACGGCGCAGGCUCUACCGCUGCGACGGCGGCUGCCAGUUCGAGCACCGAGGAGGUGUUGCUCGCCGAAAACGUGCCCCUGUCGGAGGAAGCAGCUCUUCGCGCAGGUGCUGCGCUGGACGCGUCGUCGUCCUCGACACACAUUCCUGUCGUGUUCAAGGAUCUCGUGAUGCAGAUGGCGUAUGAGCGGGUCGUCAAGACGCUACGCAAUCGUCCGCUUCUUCAAUACGUAGAUGCGACAAGCCCCUGGCGCAACCCGCUGCGAUGGCCGCGCCACGUCAUCCCUACAAAGCAUCCAAAGGCGAACAUCAUGCGCUGCCCAGAGGCACCUGAAAACCCCUAUCUUCUCCAGGCGCAGUACGUUGCCCCACGAGCCGAUAUGUACUUCCGCCGACCCAACAUUGGUGCUCGUAAGUCGUCACAGAAAGGCAAGUACGAGCCAGACAAGCCGCUCGCGUUUAUUCUGAAGGCCUACACAAUUCCGUACUUCCCCGACAUUGUGGACACAGCCAUGCAACCAGCGCCGUGGGCUUUCCUCGGAAGUCGUGAGGCCUACUACGAGCGCAACGGCGGUCGCCAGUUGGGCGUGCGGCUUGCCAACUACGCCACUGCCGGAUCCAUGAAUCCCCUUUCCGACAACCCUGCUCCACAGAAGCUGGAACUGACGAAGGAGCUGCAGGCGCUGGAGGAGAAGCGAGACGGAGGCCCAAUUGCGAUGCUGCGCCCCCCCCCCCACCCCGCCGGAAGGGAAACUAGCGCUUUCCGGGGCUCCUUCGCACGUCUCCCGCUUCCCGGAGCCAAACACGUAACAUAA